AUGGUAUCAACGAUAGAAGAUCUUCCGAAUGAACUAUUUGUUCAUGAGCUGUUCCUGUAUAUGUCAUUUAUUGAUUUGAACUAUGAAUUUUUUCCACUGAAUGAACGAUUUCGAACACUUAUCAAAUGUUUUUCAACAAAAAAACGAUGCCAUAUCCAUUUGACACAUCGUAUAACAUUGCAACAAAGUCUCUUUACCAUUGAUUUUAUUCUACCAUCAUUGAGCGAACAUCAACAAUUGAAAAGUGUGCAACUAAAUGAUGUUGAUCUAUUUCUUCGGUUGAUAAACAAUUCUGAUAAAAUCAAUAUGACUUACCUCCAUACAAUCAUUGUUACAUCAUUCCUUGAUAUUCCGUUUUCUACACUAACAAAUCUCGUAUCUAAGUGUCCUCAAUUACGUGAAUUAAAACUAGGUGUUAUAACCAAUACUGACUCUUCUUGGGCUGAUGGUCGAAAAUGGAUUAAAUGGUUUGAGAUUCUGCGCGGACACGAAAAUCGUCAAAAUGUUCUUCAAAUAUUGGAUAUAUGCGUUUGGUGCAUCAAUCCUAAUCAUGCAAUUAAUUUUCACUCACGAUUUUGGUCUGACGAAGGUGUGUAUCGAGACAAUCGAUGUUGGAGAGUGCGAGUAAAACCUGAACACUUAUUAACUUGGCGACAAUCAAGACGAUCUCUGGAAUGUAGUCGAAGUGACCAAGAUUACGAAUCAUUAUUAUAUCCUAAAGCGAAUUCAACUUGUACACUUAUCUAA